AUGGGAACAUCACGGCUGCCGCGUUACCAUCAAAUCCAGCGUAUAAUAAAAGGUUUAGAGUACCCUGAAAAGAUCUGCAUUUUCAUAUCAAUUCAAAUGCUAACUUAUCUAGGCCAAUGGAACCCCAAGCAGCGCAGUCGCAAGUAUUCGCUUUAUUUUCAUCUGCUGAACUGUGUACUUGUUCUGCACAUAUUCACCCUAAUUUGGGAUAUCUGUGAUAUCUACAACGAUUUCAUACUGUUCGGGGACAGUUUGUGCGUUAUUUUGGGGGUAUGUUUGGUAUUCUUCAAAAAGUGCUAUCACAAUUACUACAGCGCCGAGUUUGAGGGUAUAAUCGAAGAUUUGCAACGCAGUUUCCAAGAAAAUAACAGACGAUACAAUGCCGUGACAGAUCUUCAGAGGAAGUACUUUGUGGAAGAAGUCGUAAUGCUGCUCUGUUUCAUUUUUCUAGGAUCAUCACUGAUUAUAGCCGUUUGUGUACAUUCUCUUUUUGACCGGACAAUGCCAGUUCGAACAAAGUACCCCUUCGAUCUGGAUUCUAACGAACGAUUUGCAGCCUUAUUUCUGUUCCAAUUGUUUUUGACUGUCUACGUCGUACAAACAAUCGUGUUUCUCGACGGUCUCGGAGGACAGGUCAUGAGUCAAAUUGCUCUUCAAUUUAACAUACUUCUUUUAGACUUCCAACGCGUCGGGAACGAUUUGAAAACUCUAGGAAGUGAGGAUGGCCAGGGACGACGGGAGAACAACAUGCAAAUCAAACAAGAUUUACGUGCAUUGAUCAAGAAACACCAGGAUUUAAUAAGUUUUGGAAAUCGUGUCAAUGCCCUCUAUGAGCCCCUGUUCUCGGCGCAGCUCAUCUCUAGUAUGUGUAUGAUCUGUAUGACCGCUCUUGAGGCAACCUUAACGAUGGAUGAUUUUUUCCUGUUCAUGAAAUUCGCAGUCUACGCUGUGUCAGUGUUGCUCCAAAUCCUCUAUUGGAGCUAUUAUGGGAAUGGAAUAUCCUACAUUUCUUCUUCAAUCAACGAAGCACUAAUCGAGUGCAACUGGAUCGGGGGAGACAGCAGCUUUAGGAUGGAUCUUCUCAUGGUAAUGCUACGUGUCCAGCGUCCUUUCCGAUUCAGGGUUCACAAUUACUUCUCCAUAUCGUAUGAAACUUUUAUUGGGGUCGUCAGCAAGUCGUACUCGUUUUUCACUUUGCUCAGAACUAUUAGCAAUUGAACGUGGUAUCUAGAAUUGAAUUGAAUUUUUCUCAACGAUGAAUCACACU